AUGGCGACGACGAUCGGGGAGAAGAAGGUGACGGUGUUUGGAGAGGAGGAAGCAAAGCAGUUAGUCAACGAGCUCAGGGUCGUCGCUUACGAUUCCGGCAGGACUCGGAGCUACAGCUGGAGGGUGACUCAGCUGAAGAACAUCGUCAGGAUGUGCGACGACAGCGAGAAGGAGGUCGUCGAGGCGCUGUACAAGGAUCUCGCCAAGCCCGAGCUCGAAGGAACUCUCUAUGAGCUAGGUAUGAUAAAGAAUGCAUGCAAAGUGGCACUCAAGGAACUAAAGAAUUGGAUCAGGCCGGAGAAGGCAAAAACCUCACUGACAACAUUCCCAUCAUCAGCUGAAAUUGUGUCUGAGCCAUUUGGAAUUGUAUUGAUAAUUUCUGCCUGGAACUAUCCCUUUUUGCUAUCCAUUGAUCCAGUGAUUGGAGCUAUUGCAGCUGGGAAUGCGGUGGUUUUAAAACCAUCGGAACUAGCACCUGCCUCGUCCUCAUUGCUUGCAAAACUUUUUGCUCAGUAUUUGGAUACUUCUGCCAUAAAGGUUGUUGAGGGUGCUGUUCCUGAAACGUCAGCUCUACUAGAGCAAAAAUGGGACAAAAUCAUGUAUACAGGCAAUGGUAGGGUUGGGCGCAUUGUGAUGGCUGCUGCUGCAAAGCACUUGACACCUGUCAUCAUGGAGCUCGGGGGGAAAUGUCCAGCGGUCGUUGAUUCAGACAUUAAUCUACAGGUUGCAAUGAGGCGACUAAUUGCUGGCAAGUGGGGCUGUAACAACGGACAAGCAUGCAUAUCCCCUGAUUACAUUUUAACAACCAAAGAUUAUGCACCAAAGCUGGUUGAUGCUCUGAAAACAGAACUCGAGAGAUUUUAUGGGAAGAAUCAAUUGGAGUCGAAGGACUUGUCUCGCAUUGUAAACUCUAACCAUUUUGCUAGAUUAUCCAAGCUACUGGAUGACGAGAAAGUUUCUGGUAAAAUAGUCUACGGUGGUGAAAAAGACGAAGAGAAGCUAAGAAUAGCUCCUACCAUCUUGCUAGAUGUGCCAAGGGAUUCUCUGAUCAUGAGUGAAGAAAUUUUCGGCCCCUUGCUUCCCAUCCUCAUGUUGAACAAUAUCGAUGAGAGUUUCGAUGUGAUCAACUCGGGAACAAAGCCACUUGCAGCCUACAUAUUCACCAACAACAAAAAGCUCAAAGAAAAGUUUGUAAUGUCUGUCUCUGCUGGUGGCAUUGUCGUCAAUGACACAACAAUUCAUCUGGCUGUUCAUACUGUACCAUUUGGAGGCGUUGGCGAGAGUGGGAUGGGGUCGUACCACGGGAAGUUCUCAUUUGAUGCCUUCAGCCACAAGAAAGCUGUGCUGUAUCGGAGUUUCAUAGGCGACGCUGCCUUGAGGUAUCCACCAUACACGGGCUUCAAACUGAGAAUGAUGAAAGCUCUGAUGGGAGGCAGUUUCCUUGCAAUCCUACGCGCACUGUUUCGUGGGUCUAAGCCUUGA